GUUCCACAGCAGCGGAUUAAGUGGCCCCCAGCCAGCAAACGGAGUGAGUGGCUGCAGUUUGACCAGGACGUGUCCAGCAUCAUCCAAGCAACAGCUAAAGGAGACGUUGACAGUCGUCUUAACACAAUGACCACCAUCAUAGUCAGCUAUGCCUCAGAGAGAUUUGGACAGAUGGAAAAGGGAAGCACCAAGACCACCUUGUACACCAUGAACUGUAGGGCCACCAAAUUACACCAACUGCGUCAAGAGCUCCGAACCCUCAAGAAGCAGUACAAGAAAUCUACUGACGAGGAGAAGCAGGCAUUGGCAGAACUGAAAAACAUCCUGCGGAAGAAGUUGAUGACCCUUCGCAGAGCAGAGUGGCACAGGAGGCGGGGAAAAGAGAGGGCUAGAAAGCGAGCAGCGUUCAUUGCCAACCCCUUUGGCUUUACGAAGCGACUGCUUGGGGACAAGCGCAGCGGCCGUCUCGAGUGCUCUACAGAGGAAGUGAAUCGCUUCCUCCAGGACUCCUUAAGCGACCCAAUGAGGGAACAAGAUCUGGAUGCCAACAGAUCCGUCAUCAACCCCGCCCCCCCAACAACAAAGUUCAAUCUGAGGGAGUUGAGCCUGAAGGAGGUGGAGGAGGUCAUUAAGGCAGCUCGAUCAUCAUCUACUCCAGGACCCAGUGGUGUACCCUACCUCGUCUACAAGCGCUGCCCAGAGCUUCUCCGGCACCUAUGGAAGACCUUAAAGGUGAUCUGGAGAAGAGGUAGAGUUGUUGACCAAUGGAGGUCUGCGGAGGGAGUGUGGAUCCCCAAAGAGGAGAACUCGAGAAACAUCGACCAGUUCCGGACAAUCUCACUGUUGAGUGUAGAAGGGAAGGUGUUUUUCAGCAUCGUCUCCAGAAGACUGACCGAGUAUCUCCUCAAGAACAACUACAUAGACCCCUCUGUCCAGAAGGGCGGAGUUCCUGGAGUCUCCGGCUGCUUGGAGCACACUGGUGUAGUUACGCAGCUCAUCAGAGAGGCUCAUGAAAACAGAGGAGACCUUGCAGUGUUGUGGUUGGAUCUGGCCAACGCCUACGGGUCUAUACCUCACAAGCUGGUCGAGCUCGCACUAGACCACCACCAUGUUCCCAGUAAGAUCAAGGACCUGAUCCUGGAUUACUACAAUAAUUUCAGGCUGAGGGUCACUUCUGGGUCAGAAACAUCAGACUGGCAUCGUUUGGGGAAAGGAAUAAUAACAGGCUGUACCAUCUCUGUUGUUCUUUUCGCCCUUGCCAUGAACAUGGUGGUCAAGUCAGCCGAGGUGGAAUGCAGAGGGCCCCUGACUAAGUCUGGUGUACGACAGCCCCCAAUAAGAGCAUACAUGGACGACCUCACCAUCACGACAACAUCGGUCCCAGGGAGCAGGUGGAUCCUACAAGGACUUGAGAAACUCAUCACCUGGGCAAGGAUGAGUUUUAAGCCCUCUAAGUCUAGGUCCAUGGUGUUGAAAAAGGGUAAGGUGACUGACAAGUUCCGGUUUUCAAUCUCAGGAACGGUCAUACCAUCCAUCACAGAGCAGCCGGUAAAGAGUUUGGGGAAGCUCUUUGACUCAAGCCUGAAAGACACCGUCGCCAUCCAGAAGUCCUCGCAACAGCUCGGCACUUGGCUCACCAAGGUUGACAAGUCUGGCCUACCUGGCAGAUUUAAAGCCUGGAUCUACCAGCAUUCCAUCCUGCCCCAAGUCCUGUGGCCACUCCUGACCUACGCAGUUCCCAUGACAACCGUGGAGUCCCUUGAAAGGAAGAUCAGUGGCUUUCUUCAGAAGUGGCUGGGUCUUCCACGCAGCCUCUCCAGCGCAGCACUGUAUGGGACAAGUAACACACUGCAGCUACCAUUCAGUGGCCUCACUGAAGAAUUCAAUGUAGCACGCACAAGAGAAGCCCUACAGUACAGGGACUCCAGGGACUGCAGAGUGUCAACAGCCGGCAUAGAGGUCAGGACAGGAAGGAAAUGGAGGGCGGACAAGGCAGUGGAAGUUGCAGAAUCACGCCUUAGACAAAAGGCACUGGUGGGCACCUUGGCGUCUGGUAGAGCAGGCUUGGGUUACUUCCCGAAGACCCAAGUUAGCAAGAUCCAGGGCAAGGAGAGACACCAUCUACUCCAGGAAGAGGUUCGAGCUGGUGUGGAGGAAGAGCGAGUGAGCAGAGCGGUAGGACUUCGGCAGCAGGGAGCCUGGACUAAGUGGGAAAGUGCGCUGCAGCGCAGGAUCACCUGGUCAAACAUCAUGCAGGCAGAUUUCCAUCGGGUCCGGUUCCUGGUGCAAGCAGUCUAUGAUGCCCUCCCAAGCCCAGCAAACCUCCACGUUUGGGGGAAGAGCGAGACACCUUCUUGCCUUCUCUGCUCUGGAAGAGGCUCCUUGGAACAUCUCCUCAGCAGCUGCCCAAAGGCCCUGGCAGAUGGCCGCUAUCGUUGGCGCCAUGACCAGGUGCUUAAGGCAGUUGCCGAAAGUGUAGCCUCAGCCAUCAGCACCAGCAAGCACCAUCAAGCUCCGAAUAGGGCAAUCCCCUUCGUGAAGGCUGGAGAGAAGCCCAACGCUCGUCCACAGACAACAAAAGGCCUCCUCCACACAGCCUCUGACUGGCAGCUGCAGGUCGACCUGGGAAAGCAGCUGAAGUUCCCAGCACACAUUGCAGCAACAUCACUCCGGCCAGACAUGAUCAUUACCUCUGAAGCUUCAAGACACCUGAUCUUGCUGGAACUUACAGUGCCCUGGGAAGAGCGCAUAGAGGAAGCUAAUGAGAGGAAACACGCCAAGUACCAGGAACUAGUGGAGGAGUGCAGGGGCAGAGGCUGGAGAACUUUCUACGAGCCCAUAGAGGUCGGCUGCAGAGGCUUUGCAGGACGUUCACUCUGCAAAGUCCUCUCUCGAUUGGGCGUGACAGGAGCAGCCAAAAAGAGGGCCAUUAAAUCCGCAAGCGAAGCCGCAGAGAAAGCUACAAGGUGGCUUUGGAUAAAGAGGGCUGAUCUGUGGGUCGCGCUGGGACGCAGGUUGGGGCUUGAUCAACCCCGGCCGGGUCACCUGGGCGAGGGUGUAUGUUGUGAGACCCGAAACACCUGCUGA